GAAGGGGGUCUCCUGUGUCGUCAGAAACCCCCUGCUCAGCCAGGAGAAGACAGCCAGAGUCUCCAUUGCAGGCCCCUUCUUCUCCAGCACGAAGCCCUGGCAGGUGGCCUUUGGGGUGACCCUUAUGGCUCUGCUGGGGCUUCUGGCUGGGUUGGUGAUCUCGUGGUGGCAACAGCAGAAGAGAAUCAGGGCCUUGAGCCAGGAGAAGGAGAGGGAGCGAGCUGAGAAAGAAGCAGCGCUGGCGGCGAAGGAGUAUGAGCGAGCUGAGAAAGAAGCAGCAUGGAUGAAGGAGCAGCUGGAGCGAUGCACCAAAGAGAAGCUGCAGGAGGAGCUCAGGUGGAGGAAGAAGCAGUACCUGGAGCCGGACGUGAUUCUGGAUCCAGACACCGCGCACCCCAACCUCCUUAUUUCUGAGGACCAGAGAAGCCUGAACUAUACACUAGAAAGGCAGCGCCUGCCAGACAACCCCAAGAGAUUUCAAGAUCGUUUCUGUGUGCUGGGCUGUGAGAGCUUCACAUCAGGCAGACACUUCUGGGAGGUGGAGGUGGGGGACAGGAAAGAGUGGCAUUUAGGGGUGUGUAGGGAGAACGUGGAGAGAAAAUAUUAUGCUACAAUAACACCGGAGAAUGGAUUCUGGACAAUAGCACUGUUGGGUGGGCAUGAAUUCCAGGCUCGAACGGAUUCCCGGACCAAACUCACAGUUGUCAACCAUCUUAAAAGAGUGGGGGUUUUUCUGGACUAUGAGAGGGGGGAG